UCUAAAAAUAUGGGUAUUUCUCAAGACAAUUGGCAUAAACGACGCAAAACUGGAGGAAAGCGUAAUCCAAUUCAUAAGAAGCGUAAACACGAAUUGGGACGUCCUAGUGCGAAUACAAAGAUUGGACCUAAACGUAUUCAUCUUGUUCGCUGCCGUGGAGGAAACAUAAAACAUCGUGCUUUGCGUCUUGAUACGGGAAACUUUGCUUGGGCAUCUGAAGGUUGUACUAGAAAGACUCGUAUAAUCGACACUGUCUACAACGCUUCAAAUAACGAAUUGGUUCGAACCAAAACUCUGGUUAAAGGUUCAAUUAUUACCAUUGAUGCUGUGCCUUUUCGUCAAUGGUAUGAGGCUCAUUAUGCUUUGCCUUUGGCACGCAAAAAGGGUCAAAAAUUGACGGAGGAGGAAGAACAAAGAAUUUCUGGGCAUAAAAGAUCGAAGAAGACUUUGAAGAAAUAUUCGGAUCGUCAGAAGACUGCUGCUGUUGAACCUCAUGUUUUGGAACAAUUUCAAGCUGGACGUCUUUUGGCUCGUAUAAGUUCUCGUCCUGGACAAAGUGGACGUUGUGAUGGUUAUAUUUUGGAAGGAAAAGAAUUGGAGUUUUAUAUGAAGAAGAUCCGUGCAAAGAAAACCAAAUAA